AUGAGGGUUCUCCGGCUAACACGUAGUAAGUUCCCUCUAAGUACUUCUUCAGUGCUAGAUAUCUUCCAAAAAAUCGAAACCAAAAUAGACUCAAUUAGAUACGAUACGGCUGCUGGAAUUUCUCCAAGUCCUGGUGACCUUUUCUUAGUUGAUGCUUUAGAUGGAUUUAUUAGUGAUGGCAAGACUUACUGUGUGCCAGCUGAUGUCUUUCAUGAAGCUAAUUUCAAAGCUGUGAUUGAAAGAACCAAAGAUACUCCUUCUCUUUUUCGUUUUAUCUACUAUAACCGAGAUAGACGGUAUCGUUUAGUUCAUUAUUUAGUUUGUGAGCCUAAAGCAGCUGGUGAGGCCAAUGGGUCUAAAUCAGCCGUUAAGCCUUCUUUUGCUGAGGAGAUAGCUUUAGAGUUCUUAGGGUCUUAUAAGUUGUUGAAAGAUGCCAUUCUAAUGCAAAAUGAAGCUGAGCCAAUGGAGGAGUUAGAUAUGGAGUAUUGGAAACGGCUAGUGAGACGAUGGCAAGAGGGAUUAAGUUAA